UAGAUGUAUAUAAUCCCUGAGUUGACCCAGAAAACAAACUCCUCUGACUGCCGAGACGUCGCAGAGUUUCUAUCCGCCGCAGGGCUGCAUGUAGCCGGAGCAUCAGCUGGAGAAACAACCACCGGCACCGAUCCAACUUCUCUGUACGGAUUUUGUUCGACAUUAACACAUCCUAGGGCAAUAGAAGCCAUGGCUGAACACAUGAUGAUGCCCAUGACCCACGGCUUCAGGAUGGGCAUGAAUGGACCUCCUCAGCACAACGGCCAGCCCGGCCUGCGCACUCUGCCCAACGGCCAGGUGAUGCACUACAGCAGGAACCCUCAGAGCAACAUGGAGGCCGCCAUGAGACAGCGGCAGGCCAUGGUGGGACCCGGAGGGAUGGCCGGCCCGUUGAACGGAGCUCCCAUGGCCAACCACCACCACCAGAUGAUGUCUGGGAACAUGAUGUACAAUGGCCAGAGUCAACAACAACAACAACAACUGCAGCAGCAGCAGCAGCAGCAGCAACAGCAGCAGCAGCAGCAUCAUCACAUGCACCCCCAGCAGCAGCCGCAGCAGCAGCAGCAGCCCGGUGGACACCAGCAGCAGUACAUCCCUGGUAACCUCACCUCCCAGCAGCUUAUGGCCAGCAUGCACCUGCAGAAACUCAACACUCAAUAUCACGGACACCCGCUGGUCUCAGCCAACGGUCACCACAUGCCCAACGGUGCUCAGUACCGGGUGGGUCCGGCCCAGCUAUCAGGCAUGCAGCACAUCGGGGGCCCUUUGGGACUAAACGGCAUGGACAUGGAUCUGAUCGACGAGGAAGUUCUGACUUCGCUGGUGCUGGAGUUUGGGUUGGAUCGCGUUCAGGAGCUGCCCGAGCUCUUCUUGGGACAGAACGAGUUUGACUUCAUAUCAGACUUUGUGUGCAAACAGCAGCCUAGCACCGUGAGCUGUUGAGCAAAAACAUCCGGAAGCUGGUCGGGUUUUGUUUGGACUGGACACCCCCAAAGAAUGACUGAGCGGUCACAGUAGCACAGCAAGAGGAGACAAUCUCUCUGUUCUGUUUGGGUGUUUCUGUGUUCUGUGUUAUUUGACAGUGACUAGUGCGCCUUCACACAGACCCGCCUGCGAGUUGAUGAAGAAUUGUAAAGAGAGAAAACGCAGCAGACACACCAGGUUUCUUUUCUUUGAGCCGGUGCCAGAAAGAUCUGUCGUCUUUGGCCAAAAUUGAGGCAUCCUGAUGCAGCGGACUCUGUCUGUACCCAUCUGGCCCUCAGCACACGUGCCUGCAUUGCCAAGGCUUUGGGAUCAUUGUAAAGUUAACAAACACAACGGGGGAAAGGCCUGAAAAGACUCACCAUCUGGGUCUGUUAGAUUUCUGUGGCAUCACUUAAUGUGUUUUAUCUCUGAUGCCACCUUCAAAUAGUAGCAGACGUUUUACAAAUUUAUAAAAGCUAGUCCUCUGAAUUUGUUUAUAUAACGGUGAAGGGAUUAAGAACAGAAUUCUUUUUUUUCUGACGUACAUAUUGAAGGCUGGCUCUUCAAAACUGAGUUCCUACAAAAAAGAAGUACACAUUUCUUAGAAGAGAAGGAGAGUAAGGUUGUGCAGCAUCCGUGGGUAACGUGACGCGGUUUAUCUCGGAUUAGUUGGGUGAAAUGUGCUACAUUGAUUAUUUAGCUUUCAGUGUCAUUUACCUGACUCCGAUUUAAUCUGCAAUCAUUAAAUGUAUCACAUCUGUUCGCCGGCUAAUUAGCUGUGAUUGAAUCGUCGGCAAAGUAGCGCAUUGCUUAGAGUGUCUGCUGUAACAAAGCAUUUAUCUUUAGGAAACGGCCUGUCUGCUCCUAGACAUUUACAUGCUCAUUGCAAGCAAAGUUUGGGUUACUGCUGAGUAGAAUUACAUGAACUGUUGGGGGAGGAAGAAACAUGUUAGCAUAUGAGAAACACCAUUACUGUGGCCUGUUGCAAGAUCCAAGAAAAGCCAAACAAAAAAAAGCAGCCAUCAGAGGGUGAAGGUGUUGGUCACAGAUCUGAGUCAGGAUUUUUUUUUUUUUCCUUUUCUGAAACAGCAUCGGUUUAAAAAAGAAAAAAGAAAAAAUAGAGCGUGAUUGCAGAACUUGCAUCUGUGUGUUGUUUGUGUAUGUCUGUGUGUGGUCAGUGCAGUGAGGCAUUUAAAACCCAUUGAAUGGUGUUCUCCUCUCUAAACACAUGGCCCUGUUUGCUGAAGGUUGAUUGGAGGCUGCGCGGGGAAAAGAGGGGGAGCGUGAUUCUGAUGCGUGGACACAAUGUGUGGACACAGCAACUCCCCGGCAGCACUUAGUUUAAUCAUUAUUUAAAUCUGCUACCUGUGGCAUUGAUUUCAUUCGGCAGAAAGAGCUAGUGGGGAGCACAAAGCGUGCAAAGUUGUUGUUUUUUUUGCCAUAGAUUAGCUUACUCUGCUGCAUUUCUACUGAUUAGAUAUAAAUUACAUGUUCUCACACGCUUGUCUUAAUUGAGGUCGGCUUGCACAUUCUCCAAUGACUCAAUAAUUAUAAAACGGACAUGUUCUGUGGCGCUCUCUCUUUUUUUUUUUUUUUUUUUUUUUUUUUGCGCAGUUGGUAAUUAGGUUUUUGUCAAGGUUGCUGCUCUGCCGCUGCAGGCUGGUUGAGAGAGAACUUCCUGCACUCGCAAUGCUAUUUGUGGAGCUGUCAGAGGGGUCAGGCCUGCACUAGUGCACUGUGUUAAUCUGUUCCACUACAACUGUGCUGCUGUCCCUGUCUCUCUGGAGAUCUGCCAUCUCCCAAGCUCUUGAGUCAAACAAUGGGCAUUGAAACGCUGUUGUAAAGGCAGAGAAGUGCCAGCGAGUUCACGCUCUGUUUCACUUUCUGCCUGGCAAACUGUGACCCGACCGAACUCGCAAGCUCACAGUUGAAAUGGAAAAUACGUCUGGCCUUAGCGGCACAGUGGCCUCUGAUUACCGCUAUAUCAAUUGGCGCAGCCUUCUUGUGUAUUGUAUCUUUGUACUGUAGACUAGAGGUGAAGUUGAUCUAGACACAUUUAAGGUACUUUCAAAAAAACAAAAACAUUGUCAGAUGUAAAUGUGAAUCAGUGGCUGAUUUUUUUGAUGUGUUGACAAGAGAUUAUAUCCUACAUUUUUACAAACGAGUGUGUAGAUACAUUACGAGAAUACCAACGGGUUUUUUGGGUGCAGGGCCUGAAGCUUUAAGACCAAGUACACUGCAUGUUAAAGGAAGCGUGAGGGAUGCCACCCCUUUCCCAUAAAGCAGCUGAGAAUGUACAGUACAACACAUUGUGGGAACUUGUCUUAAGAUGGUAGAUAAACGUGUGAGAUUGUACUCAUUGUUCAAAAGUACACAUCAUUCAUUUGGGUAAACCCCCUCCUCCUCCUUCUCCUCCUCCCCCUCCCUCCCCCUAUACCCUUCCCACUUCCCCAAAAGCUUUUGUAAAGUUAUUGAUUCUAUUUUAAGAAAAUGUAUUUAUUUUCAAAUAAAAUAUUUAUUUAAAGAAAUUAUUUUUGUGUAUGUCAGUGAUUCCAU